AUGUCUACGACCUCUCACCCUCCCAGAUGGGCCGCCCUCGCGCGCGACACCAACGAGACCAAAAUCCAGCUGGCCAUCAACCUCGAUGGCGGGGCAUUCCCCCCCGAAACCGACUCCAGGCUCACCGCGGCCGUCACCGAGCACGCCUCGCAGGCGAGCAAGUCCCAGACCAUCAGCGUAAACACGGGCAUCGGCUUCCUUGACCACAUGCUCCACGCCCUCUCCAAGCACGCCGGCUGGAGUCUGGCCCUCGCCUGCAAGGGCGACCUGCACAUCGACGACCACCACACCGCCGAGGACGUCUGCAUCGCCCUCGGCUACGCCUUUGCCAACGCCCUCGGCAGCGCGACCGGCCUCGCCCGCUUCGGCUACGCCUACGCCCCCCUCGAUGAGGCCCUCUCCCGCGCCGUCGUCGACCUGUCGAACCGCCCCUACAGCGUCGUCGACCUCGGCCUCCGCCGCGAGAAGAUUGGCGACCUGAGCUGCGAGAUGAUCCCCCACUGCCUGCAGAGCUUCGCCCAGGGCGCCCGCCUCACCCUGCACGUCGACUGCCUGAGGGGUGAGAACGACCACCACCGCGCCGAGAGCGCCUUCAAGGCCCUGGCCGUGGCCGUCAAGAUGGCGACGAGCCGCGUCGCCGGCAAGGAGGGGGAAGUGCCCAGCACCAAGGGAACCUUGAGCGCAUAG